AUGUAUCUGCACGAUUAUCUAAACAAAAUAAUGCGUGUAUGGAACGCGUACGAGGGGCAAGCUGUGGCACGGUUCUUAUCGCUUCAGGACUUUCACGUGAACGAUCCUAAUUUGUACAAAGAAAACCCCGAUGGCGCCGUUAGCCGGCAGUUGCCUGCUCCUUUGGAUGAAAUUGUGUCAGCUCACCUGAAAGCCGUGUACCAUCUGAUGCAAUCCGAUUCGCCGAACUACACCGAGGCAUAUCGCCAUCAAACUAGCUGCAUACAGGCCGUGGUAAAGCUUCUGCAACAGAUGAAGGAAGAAAACUGGAUCCUGCCGAUCAUGUACGUCGUUUCGAUAGACUUGCGAUUGCUGGCGGCAAAAUGCGAGCAGCAGAUGAACAGCUCCAAGUGUGGGGAAAUCCUGGAGAAAGCAGCCGAAAGUUUGAUGUCCUGCUUUCGCGUUUGCGCUGGCGACACCAGGUCAUCGGAUGAGGAUACCAAGCGGCUCGGAAUGUUGAAUCUGGUCAACCAACUGCUGAAGGUGUACUUCCGUAUCAAUAAGCUGCAUCUGUGCAAACCUCUGAUCCGUGCGAUUGACAGCUCAAAUUUUAAGGAUAGUUUUAGCCUAGCGCAACGUAUCACUUACAAAUACUUCGCCGGCCGCAAGGCGAUGUAUGAUUCAGACUUUAAAAACGCCGAGGAGUAUCUGAGCUUCGCGUUCAAUAACUGCCCAAGGCGGUUCACCAAAAACAAGCGAUUGAUAUUGAUCUACCUCACCCCAGUUAAGAUGUUGCUCGGAUACAUGCCCAGAAAAGAGGUGCUUGAGCGGUACAAUGUCCUUCAGUUCCACGAUCUGGCUUCGGCCGUAAAGGAGGGCAACGUUCGGCGUUUUGAUGAGGCCAUCCGUCGCCAUGAGAUGUUCUUCAUCAAUGCAGGAGUGUACCUGAUUGUGGAAAAAAUGAAAAUUCUCACUUAUCGCAAUCUGUUCAAGAAAGUGCACCAGAUGCUACAAACACAUCAGAUCGACAUGAAUGCGUUCCAGACGGCACUCCAAUUUUCCGGCGUCGAAGACGUUUCCAUGGACGAGACACACUGCAUCGUGGCGAAUUUGAUCUACGAAGGACGCAUUAAAGGCUAUAUUAGCUACCAGCACAAUAAGCUCGUUAUAUCGAAACAGAACGCCUUUCCGAAUGUUGUGGCCACAUGA